ACCAAUUAAUGUGUGUGUUUACACUGAUUAACUAGAGCAGCUUGUCUGGUGGGAGAAUCAUUGCUGGGCAGCUCCACUUCUCUAGUUAGAAGAACAGACAGAGAAGAUUAGUUGGGGGGGGGGAAGAGAAGAGUGCAUCUUUCUCCUUUAGCAUCUACGGAGAAAGACAGAAACGAGAGCCUUGGGUUUAAUGCUGGCCCUGCCGUAUCCCCACUUCCAGAUAUGGUUACCACUUGGCUGAUACGCAGCCUCAUCUCCACCAUCUCAAAUCAGAGGAAUGGAGUGAAGCAAACUCCAGUUGCUCCUUUGGCUUCGGGCAAUAUUUGCUGGGAAAGAGCCAGGAACAACACACUGUCCCCUCUCACCCCCAUUCCCAUAGUUCCAGUCUCUCCCCUCACCCCCUUUCCUGGAGGGAGCAUGCCAGUUGUCACUAGAUGGUGAUAGGGCAGGGUAUAGUAAGUGAUUAACCCCUUCCUCCUCCUACCUCACCUCCCUCUUCCCCUCCCUGGGCAUAAAAGCAGAUGCCACAUUUGAGGCAAAGGAAAACCCAGCCUGGCAGAUGAUGACCCCUGCAGGCGGUAAGAGUCGCCGCCCAUCCCUGGCCCCUGGGAUUCCUACGACCCCCACCAUCUCUUUUGGGGACCUGCUGGAGGAAGUGGGCAGCAUGGGGCCCUUCCAGAUCUUCUCUGUGCUCCUGCUGUCCCUGCCAGUCUUGCUUCUGGCCAGCCACAACCUAGUGCAGAACUUUAGCGCCGCCUCGCCCGAGCACAAGUGCCGUCUCUCACCUUUCAACAAUGCCUCUGACGGGCACCCGAUGCCUCUUGACCACAGUCAGCUGCCAGACAGGUGCCGGCGCUUUGUCCAUCAGAUGGCCCGUGACUCCAACAGCUCCCUGGACAAGGACAGAGGGGCAGAGACAGAGCCGUGUCAUGAUGGCUGGCUAUACGACAACAGCACCUUUUCCUCCACCCUUGUGACAGAGUGGGAUCUGGUAUGUAACCUGCAACCCCUCAAGAACCUGGCGCAGUCUCUCUUCAUGGCAGGUGUACUGGUAGGCGCCUUCAUCUUUGGAGACCUCUCAGACAGGUUUGGACGGCGGCUGAUCCUAAUCUGGUCCCUGCUGCUGGUCGCUGUCAUGGGAAGUGGAGCCGCCUUAUCUGCUGGUUUUGCCACCUACUGUGUCUUUCGCUUCCUGAGUGGUGUCGGCAUCUCUGGGUUCCUGCUCAACUACAUCUGCCUCAGUCUGGAGUGGGUGCCCACCCGAUACAGGGCCACAGUGAUAGCCACACAGAGCUACUGCAGCACAGCAGGACAGGUGCUGCUGGCAGGUCUGGCCUAUGGCAUUCGUAACUGGCGCUGGUUGCAGCUUGCCAUCUCCGCUCCCUUCUUCUGCUUCUUUGCCUACUCUUGGUGGCUCCCGGAAUCAGCACGGUGGCUCCUUGCCAACAAUAAGCAUGAGGCUGCCUUGCGUAACCUGAAACAUGUAGCCAGGAUCAAUGGGAAGGCAGCCACAGGAGAGACAGUGUUCCUGGAGAUGCUGGAGACUCAGGUGGGAAGCAACACCCCAGGGAAAGGCGCCCACUCCUGCCUGGACCUCUUUCGAACGCCUGCACUGAGACGUAUCAGUUGCUGCCUCAUGUUCAUCAGCUUCUCCAUGAACAUGACAUAUUUUGGCCUCUCCAUGGACCUCUCAGUGUUUGGCCUGAAUGUCUUCUUGAUGCAGCUGUUCUUUGGGGCAGUAGAUCUGCUGGCCAAGAUGGGGUGUGCCCUGAUGCUGAGUUUCUUUGGCCGUCGCACCAUCCAAGCUGCCUCCCUUGUCCUCGCUGGGGCUUUCCUGUUGCUCACACUCCCUGUGCCUCCUGAGAUGGUGUUGGUGCGGAUGGCCUUCGUGGUACUGGGGAAGGGCUGUUUGGCAGCCUCCUCCAUGUGCUUGUAUCUCUAUGGAGGAGAACUGUUCCCAACAGUUAUCAGGCAAACAGGCACCAGCUUCAUUACAGCAAUGGCUCGUUUGGGCGGCAUUGUGGCCCCGCUGGUGCUGAUGUCUGGAGGUUAUCAGCCCUUCCUGCCUCUGGUGAUAUUUGGCAUUGUUCCCAUCAUCUCUGGCAUUUCAGCUGGCUUCCUUCCUGAAAUGCUCAAGGUCCCCCUAAUGGACACCAUUGAACAAAUUGAGGAAAGAGCCAGCUGGAAAUCUAAAGCCAUCUCUGAAGAGAAGCCACAGAAGAUCAUGGGUCAUGUCAUCCAAUCAACUCGCUUCUGAGCCUCAGCUACAUCCUGUGGGGCAGGAUCUCUCUUGUGGGUCCAUCAGGACUUACGCCAUUACUUGGGGUUUGUUGCCCUUUGAAGGAAGAUUGUGCAACCUGUCCAAUGAGCCAGGCAGGCUGCAGAAGAGUUGACUGUCUAGAUCCCAGAGGGGAGGGCCUAAUAAGAUACCAUUCUCUGAACCAGCCUCCCCAGGGGGGAAAGGACAGAAAGAAGACUUGAAUACUCCUUGUCAUAAUUAGCUUUGAUUCAAGAAAUCAACCAAAUCCUUCUUGGCUGAACCUUGGUUCAACCUUCUUGGUUGAAAUGGUUAUCGAAACUUUUUUUUUUAAUGCUUGUGGGGUAGAAUGCAGAGGUAACACUGCAUGUGAAAGGCACUGAGAGACUAGAGUGUCCUUUGACCUCUUUGUGAUAACAAACAGACUCUUGUGACACCCUAAAGACGUAACAAAUGCAUUGUGGCACAACCCACUUGUCACAAGGACAAAGACAUUUUUACUCAAGGGGAUGUGAGAGACUGAUAAGAUGGGUGCUAAUGACAUGAAAAUGAUAGGAAAAUCCCAGGAUAAUUUUCCAAGACUUUGCCCAUGGGAUCAAUGUUCCGCAUAAAAACAGGCUGUUACUUCUGAGAAGUCCAAGAAUACAAACAACGAGCCUCCUGUGGCCUGACUUGGAAGCAUGAUGAAUGCAUAGAACAGUGCAUUCUGCUGAUGGAUCUAGUCUUGAACAUUUUAUUUAUUUGGUGUCUGUACUGUACUAGCAGUAGUAGUAGUAUUUAUUGUAACGGUCAUUUGACCAGCUAUACAUAAUAAAAUCAGAACAUAGAGCAAGAUAAAAUACAUUGUUUAGAAUUCAUAUACUUCAAA